AGCUCUCCACUCGCGCUCUGGCUCUGUUGGAUGUAACCGCGCGCGCGUUUCGCUCUCAUCGAGGACCGAAAUCACGCUUUCGUUUUGUUGGAUUACAGCCGAUCUGAUGUUUUAUUACUGCAGUCUGAUGCGAAGAAAUGGGUAAACUCCAUUCCAAACAUGCUGCAAUCUGUAAACCGAGGGAAAGCCCGGAAGGUGAUAGUUUUGUAGUGAAUGCCUGCUUGGCUCGGAAAGGGCUGGACGACUGGCUGGUUAAACAGAGGUAUUACUGCACCGGCGCUCGGCUGGAACAGCAGGACUGUCCACAGAAAAGUACCUGCGGGACAUCAGCGAGGGACCCUCUGAAGGAAGCUUGUGCUGAGGGAAUUAGUGAUGAGCACUAUCGUUUAGAAGUAGCCCUGCCCCCUGAGAAGAUUGACAGCCGCAGUGCAGAAAAGAAGAUGCAGGAGAAGGAGAUUUCUGCAUCUACAGGCGCAAAUAAACAACUACAGUUUGAGGAGCUGGAGUGUGCUGUUUCAGUGGAAGAGGAUAACAGGCAGGAGUGGACUUUCACUUUGUAUGACUUCGACAACAACGGCAAAGUUACGAGAGAGGAUAUCACCAGUUUGCUGCACACGAUCUACGAGGUGGUGGACGCUUCGGUGAACCACUCGCCGAGCAGCAGCAAAACUCUUCGUGUGAAGCUCUCCGUCACACCCGACGCCAGCCAGAGGUGGAGGAACGGCAGCAGCUCUCACGCCAACGCAGACAUGCCACACCCCAGGCUGAAAGCUGAAAAGUGUGUUGAGGAGCCCAAAAACUCAGAGAAGAAGUCCAGAGCCCUUCUGAGGCGUCAUCACAGUGACCAUCACACACAGCAGGGCUGCCAGAGACACUGCGUAGAUGAAAACCUGGAGAGAAGGAAUCAUUAUCUGGACCUGGCUGGUAUUGAGAAUUACUCCUCUCGCUUUGGGACAGCCGCGCCCACUGCUGAGCCACCAAAACCCGACCACGCCUCUCGUCCGUCCAAUCAGACUCGCUCCCGCUCUCAAGAGCCUGAGAACGGACACAGCCACCUGCCCCACCACCACCGGCGCUCGCACACCAUUUCGACGGAGACCCCCGUCGUGCAGGACAGCCUCUGUCUCCGCCCCCGAGCCCAGGACUCCGCCCACCAAGCCCACGGAAUACGAUCACCCAAAGCCCAAACUUCCUGUGGCAGAGUGAUGAAACGAGGCCCCACCCCUCCUUCUGCUCCACCUGCCAACGUCGUGCCCCAUCAGAGUUCUGCACCUUACCGACGACACAAGCAGCGACCCAGAGAGGGGCCUCCGGCGCGAGGGGCCGGCGCUCCAGGACGUGGGGCGGGGCCAGUCGUGAGUGCGGGUCCGGUGGUGGAAAAGGAGCAGGUGAGGGAUCUACCAAGCGUGGUGCUCUACGAAGGCGGCCUGUCGCAGGUGGUUCAGCGGCACGAACACCACCACCAUCACGAGCACCAUUACCACUAUCACCAUUUCUACCAGUCGUAAGCGGAGAGCGUGAGACGAAGCAAAGGAAGCUGCGCCGCGUAGCCGUACACGACCGAGCCGAGACGGACGCACAGCGGGCGCCGUGUUCUCCGUGUGUCUUUGCAUGUGUAUGUAAGAAGCCAAGAGAAAAGGAAAGGGCUAUAUCUCUCUCACUUUAUAUCAUUUCUCUUCUACUUGGAUUACUUUAUCUCCUGCUCAUGCUCUAAUGUACAAUACGAACACUUUCUCACGAUUGUAAAAUCACCAUAGAGACAUGCCACAUCCUGGGGUUAGAGGUCAUAGAUGCGUGAGAUCGAGUCGAAUAUAAAUUAUGUGAAGUCUCUGGAAAGGGAUGUGACUGUUAAUUGAAGUAUUUUGAACUAUGAAGGAAAGGAGAGAUCGAUAAUCUCCUGCGUGUGUAAGUGUGUGUGUGAGAGAGUGUGUGUACUGUAUAUGUAUGUAAUAUGUAUGCAUGUAAUGUACAGUAUAUGUGUGUGUGCCUAAAUUGCCUACGGUGUCUUUUGGACGCUGAGAUCCUGUGUCAUUGCCACUCGAUAACCACUUGAAAAAGCACUUGUGGGUCGGCUCCGAUCAUCGCGUAAAAGACGGACGGAUCGACUGCGGUUCCUUUCGGCGCAAUACACGACUCGACUUCAGAGACCGCGAGGACAAAAUGACAAACCUAUGAAGAGAAUGAAGAACGUGAAAGAAGAAAUCCGAAUCUGCUGCUACCUCUAGUAUUAUUAUAAUUGUUGAGAAAACGAUCAUUUAGAUAGUUAUUUUUUAUUUUAUUUUUUUUUUUGUUAUUUUUUUUCUAUUACACCACCAAUCUACAGUUAUGACGUUUUCUUAAAAAAAAACAAAACAAAAAAAAAAACGCAUACAUAUGCUACAGACUUUGUUGUACGUACCCGUUUAACACAAAUAUACCGUCAGCAUUGUAAGCUUUACGAAUAAUGUGAUUUUUUUUUUUUAUUCGUUCUGUAAAACGUUCGCUCUUUCUCGGCUCUUUACUGAAAUCCGGUUCGGCGUCUUGAGUGUUUUUUAUUAUUAUUUUUAUUAUUAUUAUUAUUAUUAUAUUUUUUUUUGUAAAGACCACUAAGUAUGAAAGAUUUAUAGCACAGUGAAGUGUAGUAUGUAACGAUAUAAAGAUAUAUAUAGCGUAUGAGGAUUUCCUUUGGAAUCUGUACAGGUGUGAUGGAGUGAAUGAAUGCGAUGGGUGAAAGUUUGUACAAUCUGGAAAUAAUGUGUUAAGAGAAAAAAAAUAUCUCCACACUCAGAGAAAUAAUUGUUUUGUUUUUUUAUUCCAGCGAGACGUUUUGUACGUGUUUCUUCAUUAUCCCAGAAACUGAAAGAAAAGGGGAUCGGUUCCAAAAGUUCCUCGUUAUGAAUGUGAUAAAAAACUUUCUCCUAAAUAUUUGGAAUGUGAUAUAAACUCUGAAUUUUCCAAACAA